CGCCCGCCCUCGUCGCCGGAAGUGUCCGCAUCGGGGGCCAAGCGAGCUCUGGGCUCUUCCCAGGUCGUCGUUAGCGUCGGUGACCCGAAGGGAGUCCCGCCCUGUCCGGGAAGCUGGCAUCUAGGACGAGUAGGGCUGUCCGGGCGGAGCGGCCCGAGCCCUCCUGGAAUCAAGUUCCGUACAGCAAUAUGGCUGCGUCCUGGAAGUAGAAAGCGCGGGUUUGUCUCCGAUAGGAUGGAGGCCAGGACCCAAGCCUAUGAGGCGGCGUGAGGUUCCUGACGUUAGGAGAGGCUGUCGAGUGUGGCGGUGGACGAGCCUGAGGGAUAUUUAACAUCAGGCUUCCUCAAGUGCUCUGGAUUCCCGCCGCCCAGCCUCGGAACAACAAGCAGGCGUUACUAGUUCCCGGAUGGUGGUGGCCUGUCCCUGGGCUAAAGUGUAGAUUCCUGGCUCUCGGCAUUAUUGUGCCGUUAGCUAGUUUUGAGCUAAGCAGUCCUUUUUUGAGUUUGAGGUUCCCUAGCGGUCACAGUGACUCCUCACUUUACGUCUCUACUGGGAAACCAAAAUCUCAGAAACGUAAAAGAUGUGUUGCUUUCAAUCAAGGUGAAUUGGAUGCCAUGGAGUAUCAUACAAAGAUCACAAAUUCAGGAGAGUUUGUGUUCCCAUUGGAUUCUCCUCACAAAAAGCCUUAUGAAUGUCUUAUACUGGAGAGAGUUAAAGAAAAAACUGCUUUAGCAUUAAGGAAUCUUGGGAAGCUAAAAUGCGGCAUAAUCAGAUGUAUUGUGAGACACCACCUACUGUCACUAUUCAUGUAAAAUCAGGCUCAAAUAGGUCACAUCAAACCAGAAAACCUAUUAGUCUGAAACGUCCUAUUCUUAAAGAUAGUUGGGAAGCAUCUGAAAACAAUGCUCAGAAUAACAAAUCUAAGCGGCCCAGAGGGCCUUGUCUAAUCAUACAGCGCCAGGAAAUGACUGCUUUCUUUAAAUUAUUUGAUGAUGAUUUAAUUCAAGAUUUCUUGUGGAUGGACUGCUGCUGCAAGAUUGCAGACAAGUAUCUUUUGGCUAUGACCUUUGUUUAUUUCAAGAGAGCUAAAUUUACUAUAAAUGAGCAUACCAGGAUAAAUUUCUUUAUUGCUCUGUAUCUGGCUAAUACGGUUGAAGAAGAUGAAGAAGAAGCCAAGUAUGAAAUUUUUCCAUGGGCUUUAGGGAAAAACUGGAGAAAACUGUUCCCUAAUUUCUUAAAGUUAAGGGACCAACUCUGGGACAGAAUUGACUAUAGGGCUAUUGUAAGCAGGCGAUGCUGUGAAGAGGUCAUGGCCAUUGCGCCAACCCAUUACAUCUGGCAACGAGAGCGGUCUGUGCAUCACAGUGGAGCUGUUAGGAACUACAACAGAGAUGAGGUUCACCUGCCCAGGGGACCUAGUGCCACACCAGUGGAUUGCUCACUGUGUGGUAAAAAAGGAAGAUACGUGAGACUGGGACUGUCUUCAUCCUCAUCUUCCUCCAGUGACACAGGAGAGCUAAUGGAAAAAGAUUCUCAGGAACUACACAGUGCAUUCUCAGUGGACACGGCAGGUGACCCUCCUCAUACCUAUUCUCAAGUAGCCAAUGACCAUCAAUCAAACAAAGAAAAUGAAACUAAUUUUGUGAAGAAAAACAAAUCCGUGGAAUGGUUUGCAGAGAGUGAAGAAUGACAAGGCUCAACUAAAGCAAGCUGGAGUCACAGCUACAGAAUGGCAAACCAAAUGCAAGAGAACGAAAACGGGACUGUUACCCAGUUGUACAAUGGCCUUUAGCUUCUGUUACUUUUCAAACACAUGUAAAAGUCAUACAAAUCAUAGUAAUAACUAAACAUACCAAAAUAAGGUAAAAAGACUUUCUGAAGUAGUGACUAAUAAUAGUCAGUUCUAAUUUGAUCCUUCUUUGUCUUCAGAUUCAGUGCUGUCAUCUCAGGUACCAGUUCAGGUGUGGUCUGAACUUCCUCCACCAGCUUAAAAGGUUAAACUAGAAGACAAAAGAGCUAGUUUAAAAGAGAGAACAGUUAAGGUCAUAACACUGAAUUAAUGAAAAAAAAAA